UGGCUCCUCGCAGUGGGGGCUGUCCUCCUGGCUCUGAAUUGUUCUCUCUUAACCCAUUUGAAGAAAGUAAGAUCCAAAAUUUGGACGCACAUGAAGGUCGGCUCUGCCUCUUGUCCUCUGCCGCAGCCGCUGCCGAUUCUAAGAGCCCCUGACGCCAAUUUCAAGGCCUUAGUGCAACUUUCUGACAACCUCAAGCUGUGUUUGACUUCGAUUCAAGAAAUUUUUAUAUGGGUUGGUUGCAAUUCGUCAAACUGGUGACUGCCUUUUUUUUUUCAAUUUCUUUUUGUUUUUGUUGAUAAUGGAUAUCACUUUAGAAAUAGUGGCCGGCAAUCAAGUGACAAAAAUAUGUUUACGUGCUUAUAUGAUGAAUUUGGGAUGCCAUUAUGAUCGAAGUCAACCAUGGAGAAAUUCAACAUCAUAAUGCAACCACAGAUUUUGGGGGCACCCCCCAAAUUCUUCCGUUUUACAGUCGUUGACUACUGUUUGUGGAUCGAUGUGACACCCGAUUUAAUUUCUACUUUCAAACGUUCAAAGGUAAUGGGAAGGCCCACCCCUCUGUUUUCCUCUUUAUUAAGAGGCCACUUUUGCUUUAUCAAAAGUAAGGCUUCAACCGAAAGCAGAGUUCUUGGUCUGUAGGAGGAGGACAAGAGACGGCCUUCUCAAGAUCAGAGUGGACUAUCACACCGAUAGAACAAUAACACGAGGAAGAGAUCAUCACCAGAGAAAUAUGGCUUUGCGCCUUGAAGCUACUUCUUGUUCUCUCAUCCGUCUUGGUUUACUCAUUAUAAUGGUUGCACAACAAAGUGCUGCUAGGAAAUUAACAGAUGGCUAUGAAAAAGACAUAGAACAGUUUGUGAAUAUGAAGAUUAAUGAUCAGACAAACACCCAUAUUAAGGAAGUUGAUGAUGGCCAUCAGAAGAUGAGUAAGAAUCAUAUGCAUGUUCAUGCACCAUCUCACAUGGAGCAUUUAGAUCCUUUAUUAUAUGUUUUCUUCACCUUAGGUGAUUUGAAAGCUGGAAAAAAAAUGCCUAUUUACUUCCCUUACUCAAGGCCAUCCGAAACCCCAAAGUUACUGCCUAGAGAAGAAGCUGAAUCCAUUCCUUUCUCCACAUCACAACUUGAAUACCUGCUAACUCUAUUCUCUUUUCCAAGAGACUCUCCUCAAGCCAAAGCUGUGGAGUAUACCCUGAAGCAGUGCGAGCUCGAAUCCAUCAAUGGAGAGACCAAAUUCUGUGCCACUUCUUUAGAAUCAAUGCUGGAUUUUGCUAUAAAAAUGUUGGGAAGUGAGACCCAAUUGAAAGUUUUGACUAGCUCACGUCUCUCCAACUCCACUGUCCUCCUUCAAAACUAUACCAUUUUGGAGGAACCCAGAGAAACAGUGGCUGCAAAAAUGGUGGCAUGUCAUAGCAUGCCUUACCCUUAUGCCAUUUUUUACUGUCAUUGCCAAGAGAGUAAUAAUAGGCUGUUUGAGAUUCUACUAGUGGCUGAGAAUGGUGAUAGAGUGAAAGCUAGUGCCAUUUGCCACAUGGAUACCUCUCAGUGGGAUAAAGAUCAUGCCUCGUUUAAAGUUCUGAAAACUAAACCAGGAGCUUCUCAUGUCUGCCAUUUUGUCUCUACUGAUAGUUUAGUUUGGCUAGCUGCCUAAUCCUACUGUUGGAAUUUCAUCUGCUUAUCUAUAUAUUUACUUGUGUGGUUGAUUAAUGUUCUAGUUUUGGGUUUGUAAGUUUUAUAUGCUUUCUAGUGUGUUAUUAGUCGAAGAUUUCUCUAUGAAUUAUUUUACUGUGUUAUUAGUUGGAAGUUUCUCUGA